UCCUACUAAAACUCUCGCCGUUGUCUCUUUCUUCUCGCUUCUGGCCGUCGCCAGCUUGCUCUUGCUGCUUGUACACCUUUGACGUUCUCAUCUCUUUUCACGUUUACUUCCAUUCGAUAAUCCCUCCAAGUUCACUCGCCACAAACGCCUCCGAUCUCUUUUUCCUCCCCAGUGACGCAGCCAUGAAACUCUCCAUACAUCACCUCCUUGAGUGAUCGGCAGAUCCAUCCUGACUGGCUCCCUUUCGUUCUCACGUCACGCAUUCACGCAUCCCCGUCCUCACUCGGCCUGCUGCGCCUCCAGGCCUUUGGGCCUCGACACCUUUACGCCUCCCAUCCCAGACGCGACCUUUUUUCUCCAGGGUGCGGUCUCCCUCUUGACAAGAAACCUCACACUUUUCCUUGUCUUGGAGGAUCGAAUUCCAACAACAUUAUGCCAUUCUCCGACCUGUUCUCCGUCCCCUUCGCCGAAUACUUUACAAGUCCAGUGUCAUAUGCAAGUCGACAAGUCCACGCCACAUUGGCCCACCGAGACCAGUACUCCUUUGUCAGUCAUGCCUCCAACGAAAUAGCGAUAAAUCGUGCCCAUACGGGCCACCCCGAUUUCGGCCACCUCAUCCUCCUGGUCUUUGAAGCAGUCCUUGAAGUCGUAUGUGUCAGUCUUCCAGGCUACAUUGUUGCCAGACAGGGUUCCUUCGAUGCAGAGUCACAAAAGUUUCUCGCCAACCUCAAUGUCAUUCUGUUCACGCCAUGCCUUAUCUUUACCAAGCUGGCUUCUCAGUUAACUGCGGAGAAACUUGCCGAACUCGCCAUCAUUCCAGUCAUCUUUGUCGUUCAGACAAUCGUCUCCUAUCUCUCCGCCUGGCUCAUGUCCAAAUUCAUGGGCUUCAGGAAACGACAAACAAACUUUGUCAUUGCUAUGGGUGUCUUUGGCAACUCCAACUCCCUCCCCAUUUCGCUGGUUCUCUCAUUGUCGAAAACCUUGAAAGGUCUUCACUGGCAGAAGGUUAUUGGGGACAAUGACGACGAGGUGGCAGCUCGUGGUAUUCUAUACCUCCUUGUAUUCCAGCAGCUCGGUCAACUUCUCCGAUGGAGUUGGGGAUACAACGUCCUUCUUGCACCACCCGAGACCUACACAAUAGAAGAAGGUGGCACCAAGCAGCCAGAUGCUGUGGAGCGGGGUCGGGGGAGCUUUCGCGAUAGUGUCGACUCGGACAAUGAGCAACGGAGGCUUUUGAGCCCGAGCUACGAUGCACAGUACAGCAGUGACGAUUUCGAGGAAGAUGCUGAGACGAGGGUUGGCACAGAGUCCCCGACUAUGUCCAAGUCAGAUGGCUUCAAGACACCUCGUACACCAAAUGAUACUUCGGCGGGAACAUCCAGGAAUUCGUCCAGUCGAGACCUGACUACCACGGGUGCUCCAGAUUUGAUGGCCACUCCCACCAAUGGAAUGAUUGCUCCACAUGGCUCCAUUGAUAUCCCUACGUGGCUUAAGCAUCCUGAUAAUAGGAAAUAUGACGAGGAAUGCGGUGGCAUCAAGGGCUAUUUGAACAAGGGAAAGAACGAGGUCAGAUUUGCCUCGCUCAAGGUCGGCCACUCGGUCAAAUCGUCGGUACAGUCGCUUUUUGCUUCGUUACCUCGAGGAUUGCAAAAGGUCCUGUCGGCAAUCUCGGCCAGAACCAAGAGAUUUCUUGCCGGCUUGGCCGAGUUCAUGAAUCCUCCGCUAUGGGCCAUGCUGGUUGCCAUUCUGGUCGCAAGCGUCCCUAAACUGCAGCAUCUUUUCUUCCACCAGGGAACCUUUCUCCGGAACUCAGUGACCCGAGCUGUCGAACAGAGUGGUGGUGUCGCUGUGCCACUCAUUUUGGUCGUCCUCGGGGGCAAUCUUGCUCGAAAUACCAUCCCACGAGAUCCUGCAGCGGCGACGACGGACCCGAAAGAAGAGAAGAAACUCUUGAUUGCAUCCUUGGUAUCGCGCAUGGUACUUCCGACUAUUAUCAUGGCGCCUUUCCUUGCUCUCCUGGCCAAAUACCUCUCCAUCUCGAUCCUCGAGGACAAGAUCUUUAUCAUUGUUUGUUUCUUGCUCUCGGGUGCACCAUCAGCUCUGCAACUGACUCAGAUCUCAGCCCAGAACAAUGUGUUCCCAGGCUUGAUGAGUCAAAUUCUAUUCCAAAGCUACGUGAUAUGGAUCUUGCCAUCGACCUUGGUUUUGGUCAUGUUGGCGCUGGAAACGGUGGAGUGGACCAAGCAGUAAAGGAGUCAAGCAUCUCGAGCUGAGCCCCGACCGACAGUUUCACUGGUGGGAACCCCGUCUGGAAAGAUUGAUAUGGUCAUUGGUCGCGAGGAGGUAGUGACACUGACGAGCACCCCAACUUGAACGUUGCGGCGUCAUCUCGCGCAGGUUGCAUGGGAGUGAAUUGAUCCUAAACGAGGAGAAAUUGUUGGAAUGAUAGAUAGCCAGCAAAGGCGUUGUGGGAGUUCCGUGCUUUGACACGAUGAAACAAAAACUUGGCUUGGGUCACUGUUGGUACAUUGUACAGAUACCUUAUUGUUAUGUCAAAUCCCAGUGUGGUGUUAUAUUGCUACGUUUCUCGUUCCCUGCCAGGACGCAGAAUACAUAUGAUUGAUGUGGUCAAAGUGCGACUUGUC